AUGAAUUAUGAGGGAGCUGGAUGAGCGAGUGAAAGAGAGAACGACGCUGCUGAUGACUCCGAGGGAGGGGCCCUGGACAUGUGCUGCAGCGAGAGGCUGCCGGGUCUCCCCCAGCCGGUAGUGAUGGAGGCACUGGAUGAGGCCGCAGGGCUCCCGGACUCGCAGAGAGAGAUGCCGCCACUCCUGCCACCCUCGCCGCCCUCAGAGCCGGCUCGGAAGCCGCCACCUCGAGGCGCCGGGAGCCACUCCCUCACUGUCAGGAGCAGCCUGUGCCUGUUUGCUGCCUCACAGUUCCUGCUUGCCUGCGGGGUGCUCUGGUUCAGCGGCUAUGGCCACAUCUGGUUGCAGAAUGCCGCACACCUCCUCUCCUCCUUGCUCACUCUCCUGAAACAGCUGGGACCCAUGGCCUGGCUGGACCUGGACCCUGGCAUCUGGGAGGUCCCCUGUCUGCUGCUGGUCUCUGUGUCUGUAGGCCUGGUCCUCAUUACUGCCCUGGUGUGGCACCUCUUGAGGGCCCCCCCAGAUCCACCCACCCCGAUGCCCCCUGAGGACAGGCGCCAGUCAGUGAGCCGCCAACCCUCCUUCACCUACUCGGAGUGGAUGGAGGAGAGGGUUGAGGAUGACUUCCUGGACCUGGACCUGGUGCCUGAGACACCUGUGUUUGACUGCGUGAUGGACAUCAAGCCUGAAGCCGACCCCGCCUCACUGACCGUCAAGUCCAUGGGUCUGCAGGAGAGGAGAGGCUCCAACGUCUCCCUGACCCUGGACAUGUGCACUCCGGGCUGCAACGAGGAGGGCUUUGGCUAUCUCAUGUCACCACGUGAGGAGUCGGCCCGCGAGUACCUGCUCAGUGCCUCCCGUGUCCUCCAAGCCGAGGAGCUUCACGAAAAGGCCCUGGACCCUUUCCUGCUGCAGGCAGAAUUCUUUGAAAUCCCUAUGAAUUUUGUGGAUCCAAAAGAGUAUGACAUUCCUGGGCUGGUGCGGAAGAACCGGUAUAAAACCAUCCUUCCCAACCCUCACAGCAGAGUGUGUCUGACCUCACCAGACCCCGACGACCCUCUGAGUUCCUACAUCAACGCCAACUAUAUCCGGGGCUACGGUGGGGAGGAGAAGGUGUACAUCGCCACUCAGGGACCCAUCGUCAGCACGGUUGCCGACUUCUGGCGCAUGGUGUGGCAGGAACACACGCCCAUCAUUGUCAUGAUCACCAACAUCGAGGAGAUGAAUGAGAAAUGCACCGAGUAUUGGCCAGAGGAGCAGGUGGUGUACGACGGCAUCGAGGUCACUGUGCAGAAAGUCAUUCACACUGAGGAUUACCGGCUGCGACUCAUCUCCCUUAAGAGUGGAACCGAAGAGCGAGGCCUGAAGCAUUACUGGUUCACAUCCUGGCCCGACCAGAAGACCCCAGACCGGGCCCCCCCACUCCUGCACCUGGUGCAGGAGGUGGAGGAGGCAGCCCAGCAGGAGGGGCCCCAUUGUGCCCCCAUCAUCGUCCACUGCAGUGCAGGGAUUGGGAGGACUGGCUGCUUCAUUGCCACUAGCAUCUGCUGCCAGCAGCUGCGGCAUGAGGGCGUGGUGGACAUCCUGAAGACCACGUGCCAACUCCGUCAGGACAGGGGUGGCAUGAUCCAGACGUGCGAGCAGUACCAGUUUGUGCACCAUGUCAUGAGCCUCUACGAGAAGCAGCUGUCCCGCCAGUCCCCAGAGUGA